AUGCUCUCUGGGAGUUGUAGUUUUGCGGAGCCCUGUAGCCAGGCGUGGGUGCCUCGGGAUAAACUACAAGUCCCAGCAUGCCCCGCGCCGCCCGCCCCGCCUCUCGCCGGCUGGCUUUCGGGCUUUCCCACUACCGCCUCUUUCGGCAGCGGCGGCGGUGGCGGCGGCGGCGGACGCGCCAUGGCCGACGACGCCGUCUCCGGCUCCGGCGGCGGCGGCGGCGGCGGCGGCGGCGGCGGCGUCUCUGCCGAGGCGCCCAGUCCGCGGGGCUCCCCGAGCCGAGCGCCGAGGGUGCCGCGGGCGUCCGCGCCGGGCGGCGGCGGCUGCGGGGAGACGCCGCGGACGGCCGUGCUGGCGCUGCGCUUCGACAAGCCCAUCAAGCAGGCCUUCUACAACACGGGCGCCGUGCUCUUCGUGUGCCUGUGCUGCGGCGCCGCCGUGCUGGUCUACUUCAUCCUGGAGGCCUUCCUGCGGCCCCUGCUGUGGGCCGUGCUGUGCGGCACCUUCCUGCACCCGUUCAAGAGCUCGCUGACGCGCCGCGGCCGCCGCUGGCUGCAGCGCCUGCAGCGCGCGCACACGCCCAUCGUGCUGGCCGCGCUGCUGCUGCCGCUCUGCUUCGCCGACUACGGCGUGGAGGCGCUGGGCGAGCAGGCGCUGCGCCGCCGCCGCCUGCUGCUGCUGCUGGGCGCCGGCGGCCCGCUGCUCUACGGCCUCUACAGCCUGGGCAGCUACCUGGGCGUGCAGGUGCUGCUGGCCUACGGCGGCGCGCUCAUCUGCCGCGGGCUCGACUACUUCAGUAGCCUGUGGAUCUGGACCUUGGUAGUUGGCUAUGUGCUGGCUGUUUUAUUCAAGUGGAAUGCAAGCACUGAACGCUUCUUGAGAGCCGUUUCCAUUCCUGUCUGGAUAAUAUUGCUUUUUCAUUUAGCAUCCUUGGCUGGCUCAUGGAGAAUUCCCGUAUUCCUGGUUAUUGUUUUCCUGAUGUCUGUGGGCACCCUCUAUGAAAAACAGAAUGGAAAAGAGCCUUCUGGUGAAGAACCUUGGGCUCAGAGAGCCAUUUACUGGGCAGAGUUACCAGGGCAAGUCAUCUCCAUGGCGGCUUCUACUCUAGCAACCUUGGCCAUCUCCAUCACAGGCUAUGAGUCAAGCAGUGAAGACCAGGCCUGCACUCAGCCUGCAGAAGCCAGUGACGAGGGAGAACCUCCUCCAGCCGAGUCCUCGUCUCCAUCCCCCUCGACCCCGUCGCCCACCCUGGGCAGACAGAGGCCUGAGAUCGGGACGUUUCUCAGGAAGAAGAAAACCAGCGACGUCUACUUCGUGUUUCUCGUGUGGGCCAUCAUCGGCGUCCAGAUCUGGCUGAACCUGUGGAUCGUGCAGCUGCUGCCGGUGCCCAUCGCAGUGUGGAUACUCAAAAAGCUUGUCAUUCACUUUGGCGUUGUGAACUUCCUGGAGAAACGAGGCUCCGUGUGGUGGCAGAGCAUCGAGCACUUCCUGAGGGAGCGGCAGGAGGCCCUGGCACCAUGGCCAAUCAUUGGACUUGGGAAGUUCUUGUUGAAAGUUGAUAGCAAGCUCUGGCACUGGCUAAAUAAGAAGAUGAUCAUCUGGUUGGAGAAGAUGUUAGACAAAAUAAUUAGCAUUUUCAUCAUAUUUCUGUUAGUGAUAGGAACCCUCCUUUUAGCCCUUCUCCUGACUGCAAAGGUUCAUCAAGAAAGUGUGCAUAUGAUAGAAGUCACCAGCAGUUUGAUUAAUGAAACUCUAGCAAAUCACCCAGAGUGGGCAAAUUGGCUUCCUGAAGCCCAAGUAGUCCAAAGAGCUCUCAAUUCUGCAGCUAAUAAUGUUUAUCAGUACGGACGAGAAUGGAUAACGCACAAGCUUCAUAAAAUCCUUGGAGAUAAAAUGAACAACACGGCUGUAAUCGAGAAGCAAGUGCUCGAGCUUUGGGACAGACUGUACCAUUCUUGGUUUGUGAAGAACGUGACCCACUCCGGAAGGCACAAGGGACAUAAGCUGCACAUCAGCCGGCAGAACAGCUGGCUCGGGGACAUCCUGGACUGGCAGGACGUCGCGUCCUUCGUUCACGAGAAUAUUGAGACAUUUCUUUCGAUCCUCGAGUCUCUGUGGAUCGUCAUGAGCCGGAACGUGAGCCUGCUCUUCACCACCGUCACCACGCUGCUCACCAUCCUCUUCUACAGCGGGACCGCCCUUCUGAACUUCGUGCUGUCCCUGAUCAUUUUCCUGACCACGCUGUUCUAUCUGUUAAGUUCCAGUGACGAGUACUACAAGCCCGUCAAGUGGGUCAUCAGCCUGACCCCGCUCUCCCAGCCAGGGCCCUCUUCUAAUAUUAUUGGCCAGUCUGUGGAAGAAGCGAUCAGAGGGGUGUUUGAUGCGUCCCUCAAAAUGGCCGGCUUCUACGGACUGUAUACCUGGCUGACUCACACUAUAUUUGGCAUCAAUAUUGUCUUCAUACCAUCAGCGCUGGCCGCCAUCCUGGGAGCAGUGCCCUUUCUGGGGACGUACUGGGCAGCCGUGCCGGCCGUGCUGGACCUGUGGCUGACGCAAGGCUUAGGCUGCAAAGCGGUCUUCCUCUUGGUGUUCCACCUCCUGCCGACAUACUUCGUUGAUACCGCCAUCUACUCGGAUAUAUCAGGGGGUGGCCAUCCUUACCUGACCGGCCUGGCUGUGGCGGGCGGCGCCUACUACCUCGGCCUGGAGGGAGCGAUCAUCGGCCCCAUACUGCUCUGCAUCCUCGUGGUGGCCUCCAACAUCUACAGCGCCAUGCUAGUGAGUCCCACGAACUCAAUGCCCACGCCCAGCCAGACCCCCUGGCCCGCUCCCACGCAGCGGACUUUUCGUGACAUUUCUGAGGAGAUGAAAUCUUCCAUCGACUGACCUGUUGGCCACCAAGGAGAUUCCUCUGGGGAAGGUCCGCAGUGAGUCCACUCGGCGUGGCCUUCUGUCCCUGCGGCCGCGCCUCCGCCGAGCUCAGGGAAGGAGCGGCCCCUCCGUCCGCGCAGAGCCCGGGGAAGCAGAGAGGCGCCCGGCCUCCUCCCGGGAGGCCUGGACAAGAGUGAACUUGCUGAGGGCUGCUCGCAGCUUCCAGCGCAGCGUUAGAGCUCAGCAGUGUGGUGGCGUACCUGCCUGUUGCUAAGAUGGCUUGAACUGUUUCCGUUUUAUACACUGGUACCAUGGCUUGAAUUCUCCCCCCACUUCGCCUUUCUAUGCUAUUAAAGUACGUAUUUAUAAAAGUUAUUUUAAGAACCCUAAACUACCUGCUGUUGGAAGUCUCUCCUAUGUCCUUCUCUCCAGCUUGAAGCAAUCAGUCCUCUCGACUUCCCUCUGCCAGUCCCUCCCGAAUCCUGCGGCCUCUCACCUUUUGGUUUGCCAUUGCUGGAGCAGGAGGAAGGACCCUCCCACCCUUCUCCCACCACGCCUGGGCCUCUGUGAGAGGGAACAGUCCGUUGGGUGGGCUGGAGCUUGUUUGGAGUUCAGCUCAUCUCCAGCAGUGACGGGAGGUCCCUAAGGACUGCAAGAUUUCUCUUCCCGAUUCUUUCUUCCCUCACCCAAGAAACCAAGAAACCAUUGCCACGUUUUUUUUUAAAACUUGGCCUCCCCCACUAGGAGUACAAAUACCUAUUAAGUUGCUUUUCAUGGUAACAAUCUGAUAGGAUUCCGGUUGCGGUGACGUCUUUCGUUUCCAAAUAUUUCAAGAGAAAACGCUCAGGUGUGGCAGUGCUGUGGUUUGUUCAGUGUAUAACCACUUCAUUGUUUGGAAUCCCACCAAGUAGUUAUUAGCAGUAGAUUUUAUACCCAUGAGGUCUUUCUCCACGGCUUAGCGCAGUGCCUUGCUCAGAGGACACUAGGUGAACGCUUGUUGAAUAAAUCGGGACUUACAAAAAAUAAUCUCAGAGUCACGAUGACCAGUAUUAGUAUUUCCCCCUCAACCUUUCUUGGGGAAGCGUAGGAUUGCACAUCAGUCUACAUAGAGCUUUAUAUUCUUUCACAGCAGUUUUCACACGGGUGGGAAAGCGGAGAUGCAGAGCAGUGACCAAUUCAGAGUCAGAAAGUUCAAUAGUGUUUGACCUGAGACCUUUCGGGCCCCUUCAUAGUUCGCAGACUGUCAAAUUAUAGUGUUUCUUCUGCUUCCUCAGGCAGUUUUCCCAGUGCUGAGAGGCAGGUUUUCUUAUUCCUGUGCUGGAAAUGAGUCCUUUCCUCCCUGGGGCUCUCUGCUGUAAAUCAUGGUCCUCAGACUUCAAGAGAAUAUGAAGGAGAAAGCAUUUAUAGGAUCAGAGCUUACCUUUUGGGAAUACAUUUAAAAGUUUUUUGUUUAAAAAAAAUUUUUUUUCCCUAAGGCAUCCUCAUUAAGAAGCAUAAAUAAUGAUGAUUAACGUAACUGAAAUUCCUUAAGAAAAUCAUCUAAAAGUUACUCUGAGGUGAGGUCUUUGUUUACACAAUAAACAUGCAGAUUUGUUAUUUUCACCACAAGUUCCUCAGUGAUUAAACUCUGAUCUACGACCAAGGGUUACAUUGGCCGCUCAAUAACUCACUCUUUUCUUUAGUUAGUGACUCAGUCACUAAUUCAGUAAAAAAAAAAAAAGUUUGCUGAAAGUUUGCCAAAUUCUAGCUUUCUUGCCAGGCUCUGAACAGUUGUAGGGAAUAACUCAUAAGGAAAAGGCUCUUUCUCCCUUAUUAAAUCUUAGCUAGGUCAUGGGUAUUGCUCAAAUGAAAAAAUUUGCAUACAAAGGGUUGAAAGAGAAAUCAGGUUUGUUUCCAAAUAGUAUUUCAGUUUUUAGCUAUAAUUCACGCAGUUAUAUUGGGAAAAUAAACGCAGUGGCUUGGGGUGCGUAUGUAACGAUGUUCCUUAAAAGUGCUUUCAGAUGUUGGGGCUGGAGCAAUAGCACAGCGGGUAGGGCGUUUGCCUUGCACGCAGCCGACCCGGGUUCGAAACCCAUUAUCCCAUAUGGUCCCCUGAGCACCACCAGGAGUAAUUCCUGAGUGCAGAGCCAGGAAUAACCCCUGUGCAUUGCCUGGUGUGACCAAAAAGCAAAAAAAAAAAAAAAGUGCUUUUAGAUGAAUAAAGUGAAUUUCAAAAUCCACAAAAUCGCCCUUAGCUAAUACAAGGCUCCUGCAGGAUGGGGCUGUUGGAGACCUGAAAGGGCAGCUUCAGGUGGUCAGACUGAGCGGGGGCAGGCUUGCUCCCGGACUGAAGCACUUACAAGAAGUAUGAGGCCAGAGCACUAGUGCACCACGUAAGGCACUUGCCUCAUAUGCACUUGACUCGAUUUUAUCCCCAAGCACCACAUGUGGUGUCGCAGGAACUGGCAGGAGUGAGCACUGAACACAAAGUCCAGAGUAAGCCUUACAUAGGAAGAGGGUGUGUGUGUCUGUGUGUCUGUGUGUCUGUGUCAGUGUGUGUGCCCGCCUCCAGCCUCCCACCCUCCCCCAAAAAUUGUGGAUUGCCCCAGGAGUCCAACAACUGCCUACAUACUCAGAAGAUUCACAGACUUGCGGGGCUGGAGCGAUAGCACAGCGGGUAGGGCGUUUGCCUUGCAUGCGGCCGACCCGGGUUCUAAUCCCAGCAUCCCAUAUGGUCCCCUGAGCACCGCCAGGGGUAAUUCCUGAGUGAAGAGCCAGGAGUAACCCCUGUGCAUCGCCAGGUGUGACCCAAAAACCAAAAAAAAAAAAAAAGAAGAUUCACAGACUUGGGAGGGGGGUGUCUUCUAGGAACCAUUAAACCCAGAGAAUAAUGUCGCCCCACACCCUCCCAGACAACAAGGAGGCAGUAGAUCAAAUGGAAAGGAAGGUGUCUCAAGAUCAGGUCUUAAAGAUGACAAACACUCAGAUUCUCAAGAUUUGACCCAGAAGUUUCCCUGGGGGACAGUGAUUUGACAAAGGGAGAAGUAGCCUCCAUAAAACCGAAGUGCAGGGCCUGGAGUGAGUAUUUGGGGUGAUUGCCUUUUACACGGCUGCCCCUUGCAUUCGACCCCAGCAUCCCGUAUGGUUCACUGAGCACUGCCAGGAAUAAUUCCUGAGUGCAGAGCCAGGAAUAACCCCUGAGUACCCCUGGGCAUGACUCCCCCCCCACACACACACACAUUCCUGCCUCCCCCCGCCAAAAAAAAAAAAAAAAAAAACAAGUGCAGAAACUCUGUGGCCAUGUCUUAAGUUUUAUAGCUUUACUAAACAUCAGUUUGGGAGCCAGAGCAAUAAUACAGUAGUAAGGCACUUGCCUUGCACGGGGCAGACUUGGGCUCAAUCCCCGACACCCCAUAGCACACAUAGCACAUAACAUAGCACAUAGCAUAGCACAGAUCCAGGAGUAAGCCCUGAGCAUGGCUGGGUUUCCCCACCCCUCUUUACCCCCUGCAAAGGCCAGUUUCAACUUCACAUUUCUAAGCCAGUGUUUCUCAACCUUUCUCCUUCCAUGGUCCCCUUCCAAGCUUGUUUCCUUCCUGGGACCAUCCCCACCCACCCGUUGGCCUCCUGCUCACCACUGUGGCCCUGUAUACAAUCCUGGGGGGUCCCAGGUAAGGCUGUGUGACCCCCAUUUGAGCACCACUGGUGUAGCCUGGGAGGAGGCGGCAGGUGAUGCAUCUUCUGUCUGUAGACACGCAUCUCCUCCUGGGAGAGCACAGGGCACAGGAUUCUCCCCAAAACUUCAGUUUCAAAAUUCCCGUCCUACUCAGUUCCUGGAAGCGAGCCCUGACAAACAGUUAGACGCCGGCCUUACUUUAAAAAUGGCAAGGGUGGGGCUCUCUGUCCCAGUUGUCCUUUGGCAUCUGAAGCUGGUGGAGAGACUGAAACUCUGCACAGUGGGAGGGAACCCACGCAAGUGUCAAGGCAAUACUGUAUUUAAACACACACACACACACACACACACACACACACACACACACACACAGUGUAUUCCAGUUAAUGGAUUUGCAUGAGGUCACUGGCUAACCUGGUCUUCAGAUGAAUCCUUUGCGACCCCUUACAGCUCCCUGUUCUUAUUUUGGUUGUAGUUCUUCCGUUUGCUGCUAGGCUGCUGCUGUCAUAUAUCCUGAAAGCUGCUACAUUAGGGCUUUGGUGCAAAUUCAUUUUAGAUGAGUUGUAUAGAGCUGACCUCAACACAUACAGGGAAAAAUCCUCCUAGACCCUCCUAGACCCUAGGCCUGACCUGUACUCUGGACAUCUUCCAGAUCCUUCCAGGAGCAUUUGCAUCUGUACUUGACAGAUGAACUAACUCUGUCAACAUACUGCCAAAUGUCCCUUCCAACUCAGAACAAGUUUUCUUUCUUUCUAUUGAUUUCUUUACAUUUGUCACCAAAAUUUAUCCAUUACUUUUUCUUCUUUCGUUUUUGCUUUUUGUUCUCUUUGGCAUUUUGGGUCACACCUGGCGAUGCUCAGGAAUUACUCCUGACUCUGCACUCAGCAAUUACUCGUGGCAGUACUCAGGGGACCAUAUGGGAUGCUGUGGGUUGAAGUGGGUUAGCUACGUGCAAGGCAAACGCCCUCCCCACUGGACUGUUGCUCUGGCCCCGCCAUAACUUUCUUGAGGGACCUGCAAAAAAAACCCCAAAACAAAACAAAAACCUUGUUGUGUGAAAUCACUUAGUAGUCAUGUUUUGAUAGCUCCUGUGGGUGGUGGUGGGGCGGGGGGGGGGGCACAUUAGUUCAGCUGGUGGGAUGCUUGCCUUGCAUGUGACUUCGACUACCUGGAGUGUCACUGAGUGCAGGACCAGAGUAAGUCUGGCUCCCCCCAACCCCCCCCCCCAAAAAAAAAGAAAAACCAAAAUAGUCAUCAAGAGGGACUGGCAAGGUGGCCUAGUGGGCUGAGUAAAUGUUUUGGUGUUGAAGGCCAGGUUCAAACCCAGGCUUCACGUGGUACUCCAGUUAUAGAGACAGGAGGAUCCCAUUGAGCAGAGCUGAGGGUAGGCCCCCCCCAAAAAAAAAAAAAACAGCAGCAAAAAGAGACUUGUAAAUUAAGGUGUUUUCGGGGACAUUUCCUGCUAGAAUGGGCCACAGGGAAGUAGGUGGGCCUGUCAGUUCUAGAAUAGGAGGCAGCUGGAGGUAAAGUGGCUUUUCUCAGGCCCAGGGAGCCCCGUGGGUAACAGUUUAGAGCACAGCGAGUUGCUUUUUCUCUCACUCCACUUUCACUCCCCUGUUCUAUUCUCCUUUCCCCUCCUAGUUGAGUGGCAUUGGAGGAAACGCGCUCUUUAGAGCCGCAGUCCAUGGAAUGUUGUUACAUGUUGUAAGAGAACAAAGUAUGUCUGGGGGAGGGGACUCCACAGUCAAUUAAAACUGAGGAAUGCCGGGUUCGUUUCCUUUCUGUAGGACUUGUAAGAGUUUCCAGCAUGCUGUCCUAGAUUGUGAAUUUCUAGGAGGGGACAAAGACUGUGUUUACCAGACUUAUUUGACUUUAAACUGCACGCGCGCCCCCCCUUCCCUCUAGCCCCCAUCCCACCCCCUCGCCCCCCAGCCUCUCAAAGGACCACUGUCCUUUGCAAAACAGGACUCUCAAAUAAGUUUACAGCUCUUUUAGAGGACAUUCUUCAUGGAAAUUCUGAAUGCUAAAUUCUCUGUUGCCAUGGUACCAGAUCAAACCAUAAAUAAAUCUCAAAGUUUAAUGAGAUACAAGAGAGAAACCUACUUGUCAUUCAAAGCUAUACUUAAAGUAUAGAGAUUCUUUCCCACCUAUGGUGUGUCCAAGCAGUAUUUGUGCUACAUUUUACAUGGUUUUUUUUGAAGAUCAGAUGAUGUGGUUGAUAGAAUGAUCCGUCUUAAUAACAUUUUUGUAUGGCACUUUAUAACUUCCAGACUGGCUUCCUUACAGUGCUGUAAGAUGAGCUGGUGUUAAGUAUUAUCGGAUGAGACACGGGAAGAAGGCUCAAGUUCUUGUGGGUUUGUUUGUUUUUUCUUCCCCCAUUACACCUCAAAAAGGUUGGAGUCAGAAUUCUGUAGCAGAAUUUCUGACACCAGGUCCAGAUUUCCUGAACCCAUGCCUGAUCCCUUAUUUUUCUUCUGGCUUUGUAUUUCAAAGGCAAAGGUGUAGAAACAAAUCUUCAAGUAACAACAUUUUCAGUUUAUAAUCAAAUGCUGAGUUUUUUUGGUUUGUCUGUCUGUAUGUUUGUUUUAAUUUCAGUGGCCCCACAGGUGAAGCUUUUAUUAUGGCUAUCCCAAAGAAAAUUCCUUAUUGUCCUUAAGCAGUGCUGUACAGGUUUUGGUGACUGAGUGUUUCAAAACAGGACAUAAUUGUGAAUCCCCGCUUGGAUAUAUAGUUGUAAUUGCUUUAAACUGUUACUUUUCAAAAAUGUAUCUUCUCUGCAUUCUCAGGCAAAGUAGAGAUGGUUGGAAAGUAAGAAAAGAUGAUUCAAGUGCAACAAUGUUCUUUCUUUUCACCAAUGCUGUUUCUUAGCUUUAACUUGCUUUGAUAACCUACUGAUGUCACUCUUUUUGUAAAUGUAAAAUAUUUAUAUUUUGAAAUAAAAUUACUAGUGAUAAAUGAA